UGCCAGACCAAAUUUUCAAAACAUGAGUUCAAGUUUGUGAAUUUUGAUUUGUGUUUUGAAAAAAAAUGUAUCUGGUAGACCUGCAAGCUAAAAUUAGGAUGGGUUUUAUUUGUUUUUCACUGUGAUAUUUGUGGCUGCGGAUGUGGACGCACAUACAUCUCCACUAUAAAUAAUGUAACCGAAUGUUGAAUGGGUAUUUAUAGAAUCGCAGGUAGAACUUGUUUAAGACUGGAGAGUGGAGCCAAUUUUAAGCUUACUUGCGUAGCUGAUCGCCAGCAAUUUUACAUUCCAAAUAACUGCUUAUUCGCAGAGGAUUUGCCGAGUUAUAUCAUAAGAUUUACAUUACUAAAUAACCUAAAAGAAAAAUACAUUUUUACCUCAGAUAAAAGCAAUAUAAAUUUAAUAUGAAAAAUAAGUUUAGAAUAGGUGAUACAGCCGUGAAAGCCGGCGAUCUUAUUUUAACAGAGGAGCCGUUCGUUUAUGUGUUAUCAUCAAAAGAAAAGGGCAACAGAUGUGAUAACUGUCUCAAACAAUGCAAAGUACUCAAGUGUUCAGCUUGUCAGUUUGUCCAUUACUGUGGUAAGAACUGCCAAAGAGAUGCUUGGGAUGAUCAUAAGUGGGAAUGUGAAAACUUGAAAAGGGUCUCGCCGAAAGUGGUUCCGGAUGCCGCUCGCAUGAUGGCGAAGAUCAUAAAUCGCAUACAGCGCAGUGACGGCGCCACGCACAAAGCGUACUACACUGCCACUUCGUUUAGGAGGUGGAAGGAUCUUAUGUCCCAUUAUACAGAUUUAAAAAAAGACAAGAAAAGAAUGGAUCAUUUCACAUCCUUAUGUGGGGUUCUUUAUGAAUUCCUAAAAGACAUAUCAAUGCCUAACACUGUUGAGCUUAUGGGAUUGUAUGGAAGAAUGAUCAUAAACAGUUUCACCAUCCUAGAUAUAGACAUGAAUUCUAUCGGAACUGGCAUCUACUUGGCAUCGUCUAUCAUUGACCACAGUUGUUGCCCUAAUGCUGUGGCGACGUUUGAUGGGAAGACAAUUAAUAUUAGAGUUAUAAGGGACAUGCCUUGUUUGGACUGGAAGAAGAUCAGGAUAUCGUACAUCGACCUGAUGAAGACGCCGUGGGAGCGGCAGUCGGAGCUGCAGCUCAGCUACUACUUCCUGUGCGCGUGUGACAGGUGCAUGGAUGAAAAUGAUCUUAAAUACGUGCACGCGGCAAAGUGUCUCAACACCGAAUGUAAUGCUCCUGUAAACAUUUCCUGGAAAGAAAACCUAGUGUUAGUAAAGAAACCUGAAAGACAAGUCGAGAAAGUAUUAGAAAAUGGAAAAAGUGAAGAAAAAACUACUAUUGAUGCUGUAGGAAAUAAAGAAAUUACUAAUGAGAAAGUAAUGGAAAAGAAAAACAAGAGUGAAAUAGAAGAUGCAGAAAAACCUGUAAGAAAAAACGAAAAAGCAAUACAAAAUGGAGAAUGUGAAGAGAGAAUAACAAACGGGAUUGAAGAUAUAAAGUUAAAUGGAGAAAUACAAGAUAAAAAUAUAUGCUGUGAGGAAUGUGGAACAAUGUUUACGGAGAAAAAUGUUGAAAUUUUCAUCAAAACUAUGGAAUUUAGUGAAUUGCAUUUGCAGAAUAUGAAGGAAACUUCUGUGUCUUAUGUGGAUAUUUGUAAAUACUGUCUUGAAAGGCAAGAAGGCAUAUUGCAUCCACUGAAUGUCAUGUAUGCUCAGACUUUGGACAAUGCUUUUGAUGCUCUCAUACAAGUGCAGCUUUGGGAGACCGCCUGUGGUUACGCUAAGAAACUGGUACCAUGUUUCAGAUUUUACUACGGAAACAAGCAUCCUUUAAUGGGUUUGCUGCAUUUGAAAUACGGAAAGAUUCUGCUGUACAAAAUGUGUCUGGAAGAAGCAUUGAAUCACUUCAAACAAGCUGAGAAGAUAUUAAAAAUCACACAUGGAGAGAGACAUCCGUUAUACAGAGAUCAUUUACUGCCAUUGAUCAGUCAGACUAUUAUAGAAUCUGAAUAAAUUAAAAUUAGUACUUAGCCCUAAUUCGCACGAGCGUUAAAAAAGCGUUGCGUUAAAACCCGGCGUUGCGCUGAAAAUACAAAGUGCGAGCCCCAAUUCGC